AUGAAAAUAAGAGAAAUACUCAAAUACCAACCCUCGAUUAAAUAUAUCGGCUGGCUGCAAACCUCAUUGGACAACGAAGAAACCCAUCCCGACCUACGCACGCUCUUUGUCCCACACAAAUACAACAUAUCGCACCUAUCACUGCUGGAGCCGUACAAUCCAACGGCAAAUGACUGGCAGAGGAGCUACGACCUCCCGCUUAUUUUUACUCUAAGCGGCCCCUGGGAUGCACCUGAUAACCCCCAGAUCGAACUUGACCAGUCGGAGCUUGGUUCCCUUCAGCGUCGCAUGGUUGUGCCCAACCCGUUUACCUCCCCUUCCAAAGAAGAGGCCUCACUCAGCCUCCUUCCGGGUCUCUACCCCCUGCAGCGAAGAACCAUGGCGCAGUCGAUAAUCACCCACCUCGAAGACUUGGACAACGAUGACUCGGAUGUCCUCCCAUAUCCCAACCCCUCGGGUUUCAUUACACAUCUUGAGAUCGUCUGGCUGGAUCCCCCUACUGCGCAAGAGAUGUAUGACUUCUCACGGGAAGUAGCUCUACACCUCCCCGCCGUCACAAACGUCGAAGUGUGGAUGAGAGUCGAUCCUGACAAAGGUAUCAACCGCUUGGAUUUAGACCAUCUAGCGACUGGCCUUGAACCUCUCAGUGACCAGUUAGAGCUAUUGCUCAUAAAGGAUUGGGAAAUUUGGUCAGACGAUCAGACUAUGCACACCGAAAGCGAACUCCUCGCCUACGCUAGCGACUGGAAGAAGAGAUUUCCGAAGCUCAGGCGUAUCGGGUAUGUUGGGUAUGGGAAAGUUGCGAUCAUGGACUACGACUACGUCCAUGAUCACUGGAAGAUGGAGUCAUAUAAUGCGGGCCUGUAUUAA